UCCCGUCAGCCGCUCACAUCGCCUCUGACUUUCUCUCUGGGAUACAUACAGUGGUGCCACAUCACUGCAUCCACACACUCACUGCUUUGCAUCACACAACAGGCUGCUGCUGCCUCACCUUUAAUCAACUCGUAUAUUUAAUCAGGCAUUAUUAUCAUUAUUUAACCUCAGUCGGGUCGAUGUAUAUAGACGCGUUCAAACGGAUCCUCUUUGAAAGGCUCAACUGCUUGAAGAGAAUGUGUGUGUGUCAGCGCCAGGGCAGCUCAUUUGCCAUGUCUAAGACAGCGGUGAAGAAGCUGCACUGGCGUUCCAAGGUGCAGGACAGCUUCGUCCCCUUGCUGGGCUCGUCGGGGGAGCUGGGGAUCGCCAUUGGUGGAGGAGCGGAUUAUGGAGAGUUUCCUUUUGUCACGUCGGCUCCGGGGGGCGGACUCACAGUGGGCGACAUCAUCCUAGAGAUCGGGGGAACGCCAGUGUUAGGGAUGACAUUAGGAGAUGUCCGUGGCGUCCUCAAUUCCUGCCCCCAUCCAAUCCGCAUCAAGACUGUGUCACCAGGCUCAUCAUUGUGCAAGGAUCUCAGGUUGUAUCUGAGCAAGUGUUUCACACCCGGCUCAGUGGACAGUCAGCUUCAGCAGGUCAUCAGAGAGAACCUCUACCUCCGCGCUGUACCUUGUACAACCAGACAGCCCAGAGAUGGGGAGAUCUCAGGCGUAGACUACAACUUUGUCUCCAUUGAAGAGUUCUUCUCCUUGGAGGAGUCGGGAGCGCUGCUCGAGAGUGGAAAGUUCAAAGGGAAUUACUACGGCACGCCUCGGCCCGUUCACAUCAGCGCGGAGAGCCCCCCCAUCACCUACCAAGAACACCGCAACCUGCUCAGAAACUUCCGCACACGCAGCAAAUCCCUCAGCAACCUGGAGAAGGCUGCAGAGGACGGAGGCUCUGCAGGUGUCAGCAGCAGCGUCCCUCCUAGUCAUCGGUCUCCCGGGCGACCCCGUGCGUCCAGCAGCGGGGAUGGUCGCGUCGUAGAGAACGGGAUCAUCGGCAGCAGAAGCGGUGCCAGGGUGAGAGGUGUGAUGCCUGAUCACUGGGACCAGGCCUUCAGUGACCCCGGAGAGUCUCACUACACAGACCGCACCCCAAAGAGGACCAACUGGCAGAGUCCUCGAGCCUCAAGCAGGGAGACCGUCUACAAAAAUGAAUGGUUCACGGAGCAGCCCGGGGAGCUCAGGGGUUUCCCCGUGCACACACACUUGAUCAAGGGCUCCAGGGGGUUUGGUUUCAAUAUUGUCGGGGGCAGCAGGCCAAGAGAGUUCCUCCAGGUCUACAGCGUGACUUCAAGCGGACCCUCAGCACUCAAGACAGCGGACAUCCUGGUGUACAUCAAUGACGUCUGUGUGUUGGGAGUCUCUCACAAAGAGGUGGUGGAGAUGCUCAAGUCGGUGUCAGUGGGCCACAGUGUGGACGUAGAGGUCACAAGAGGUUACCCCAUGCUCUACAACCCCGAUGGUUGUCCCAAGCAGCCCCCGCCAAGGCUGCUGGAUAGCGGCGACCCCAUCCUACCACCCACCACCACCCAGCCUCAGCCUCUUCACCAACUACCUCGCCUGCCGACACCCACUCCCCACACCCAGCACUUUAACUACAACGGGGUCCACAGCGACAUGAGCUACAUGGAGCCAGGCGUGACUCUUGACGCCAAUGGAAACGCCAUGUCUUUCGCUACCACACAGCUGCCCUCGUACAGACGCUCCAGUAUGAGCAACGCGCCCUCUCCCCCACCUGUGCGUCCUCCUCGUUCGCUGAGAAGUCUAGCCCGGCUGCAGUCGUUCGACCCGACGCUCGCCAGCCAGAGUGACAGCGAAGUUGUUUCUGCUAUUGGUUCACACAGGGCCUCAAUGAUCCGCAAUCACAACAAUAACUCCCUCUCAGCGCCCCCUCAUCCUUAUCAUUACGGCACGUCCAAGUCGUCUGAGAGUGACCUGUCCACCUGUACCCUGUCGGGGUCCCGGCUGCCCCUGCCUCAGUCCCCGGGGAGGCCCUCGUCCUCCCCCGGCGGCCCCCGCAGUGCCCACACCCGCCUCUUCAGACCGCAGCCCUCACACCUCAGACCUCCCGCCACCCCUGAGAGCCCCCGCCACCACAGAGGCUUCAACGGUUUCCAUGGCAACACCAGCCCCACUGCGAGUCCCAGCAGCGUGUCCUCUCCCGGGGCGAUGAGUGUGGGCAGCGGAGUUGGCAGCUUCAGCGGAGGGGAGCUGGUGCCAGUGGCCUUGGCCCAGACCGAAGGAGACCGAGGACUCGGCUUCAGCGUGAUGGCUGGCGGUCCAGGAAGCAGGAUGACUAUAGUGAAAAGAGUCUGGGACAGGAAGCAGUGCAGCUCCCUGCAGCCAGGGGAUGCUAUUGUCAAGAUCAACGGAGCAGAUGUCCAGAGUCUUAGUUUUGCACAGGUACAAACAGUUCUCCAGGAACACACCAAACAGGCAGAAGUCAUCUUGUUGGUUUACAGAGGAGGUGUCUAUCAUUCAACCAUCUCCCCCGGCUCCCACCGGAGACUCCCUCCGCCUCUCCUCCGCCCCCCUCCUCCACCUGUCGGUUCAGACAACUCCUCUUUGCUCCCAGAAGCUCUGCCUGUGCCCCGUACCUCCGUCAGCGCCCCUCCUUCCCCGGCCCCGAUGCGCUCCUCGCUGGUCCAGAGCACCAGCUUCUUGGAGUCGAUUCCGGUGACCCUCACCAUGGAGCCCAAAGACUGGAUCAACACGGGCCUGGAGGACGAGGCCGGCGGUGUCACGGUGCCUGACUCGGGUCUGGAGAGGCAGGGUGGCGAACGAACGCGGCCGCUCCGAGGGUUUGAUGUGGAGCUGAGGAGGAAGCAGGGAGAGGGCUUUGGAUUCGUCAUCGCCUCUCAGGAUGUGGAGAAUGGCAAAGCUGCUUCACUUCUCCCUCACCGGUUUGUGACGGUACGUCGAGGCAGCCCGGCGGCCAAGAGCGGUCAGAUCCGGCCCGGAGAUCGAUUAGAGGCCGUAGAGGGACGCUCGGUGGUGACCCUGCCUCAUCGGGAGCUCGCUCAGAUCCUUCGUCGAGCGGGAAACACGCUGCGCCUCACCAUCGUCCCCCGUCCCAGCACCUAUUCUUCAAGCCUUUCAGAAACUACUGAGUAUGACCCCGGUCACAGAAGCAAAAAAGGUCAGAGGUCGCGUCCAAAGCGUGACUCCAGGUAUUACAGCGUGGACCUGGAUCGUGGCCACUCAGGCUUCGGCUUCAGCCUCCGAGGGGGCAGCGAGUACAACAUGGGCCUCUAUGUCCUGGGACUGAUGGAGGGGGGGCCGGCCUCACGGAGCCUAAAAAUGCAGGUCAGUGAUCAGCUUGUGGAGAUCAAUGGGGACAGUACAGCAGGAAUGACCCACAGCCAGGCGGUGGAGCAGAUCCGUAGAGGAGGCCACCGCAUCCAUCUGGUCCUCAAGAGAGGAAACGGCUACGUCCCCGACUAUGGCCGUGAGCACAGAAUCGCCUCCCCCUCCCUCCUGCAUCACCCCAAGGAGCAGGGUCUGGCUGCAGUAGACUCCACCGGGCGGAAGGGGCGCAGCUCCAAGCAGAAGAGGAGAAGCAGGUCUUCGGAUGGACGCGAGAAGGAGAAAGGGACGGGAAGGAGCAGGAGAAGACGGGGCUCAGAGGGAGGAGGAAGCUCGGGUUUACAGAGCCCCGUCUCCGAGCUGGGAGAGAGCUCUCGGGAAGCUGGAGACAAGAGGAGGAGGAGGAGGAAAAAAGAGUCUCAGAGUUUACCCAGAGAUGCCCUCAGGAAUCAUGACGACAGUGACACAGACAGAGGGACGACGAGGGGGAGGAAAAGGGAGAGGGAGAGAGGAAGGAGCAAAAGCAGAGGGAGGAAAAGUAGAAGUGAGGAGAGGGAGAGAGGGAGGAGCAAAAGCAGAGGGAGGAAAAGUAGAAGUGAGGAGAGGGAGAGAGGAAGGAGCAAAAGCAGAGAGAGGAAAAGUAGAAGUGAGGAGAGGGUGAGGGAGGCAGAGGUUGAGGAGACCGAGGAGGUAGAGCAGGAGCAGGAGGUGCCUGCUGUUGAGGAAAAGGUGGAAGAAAGGGUGGUGGAGGAAGAGGUGGAGGAGAGAGUGAGUAUAGAGAAAGACGGGAGUGAAGAGGAUGUUAUCUUACCCAUUCCAAGUCCUGACCAAAAGCUUCCCAGACCCAAAGAAAACUGGGAAGUGGAGUACGAUGAAAACUUGGACUUGGCAGCAGAGUACAGGGAACUGAGGAAAGAGCAAGAGAUGGAGCAGGACAGGCCACGGGAUGAUUACAGGGAACGUAGAGAGACAGAACUGAAAGACGACGAUGCACAGAGCUGGGGUGUCGAGAGGCCUUUACCAAGCGUCGCUGUGAUAGAUCCGGUGUCACAGAGAGAGCCCUUCUCCUUCCUCACCUCCACACUGUCCCUAGAGCAGCCAGGGGACGACAAUGAUUCAGAGUCUGGAGGCAGCCAAUCUGACGGCAGCAUGUCCGCUGCUGCCAGCAUCUCAGGCCUUUCUCUGGCCGCGACGGAAGCUGGCGGGCGCAGGGCCGAGGUGCUCCCGGGCCCUUGGCUCACACCCAGCCGGGAGAGGGUUGCUCAGGUCUCGGGGGAGGGGAACGGGCGUCCCGGCAGUCGGACAGGGCGGGGAGGAGGGAGAAGCGCUCUCUCUCGGCUUUUUAACAGGAAGUAGAGCAGCUGAAUGAUCCGAUGCUAUCAGUGUCACACUGUUAGACCUCGACUUCUGCAGCUACCCACACUACCAACAUUUUCUCUCAGUCACUUUGAUAUCUACAGUAGUAUGAAGUCAUAUUCUUUGUGCCUUUUUACAGCUGACCUCUGGCUGAUGUUAAAUGUUCAAUAUUUAACUUGUAAAUGACACCAACAUGGUAAAGUAAUUAUGUCUGUUUUGCUGGUGAAACAACGAUAACAUUGUCUUUUUUUUUACCUCAGGCACCUCAUUAUGUUUCACUCCUCUUUUAACAUUUAUUAUAGCUGUUUCCAGGACAACAAGGUAUUUCAGACACCUUGGUUUAACCUACUUCCUAUCUCUCACUCACUUCUCUGCACCUCUGUCUUCACACCACUUCAGCAGAGCAAUCCUCUCUGAAUUGCCGCCCCCUACUGUACAAAGACUGCAUAGACAUUCACUUAUACCUCAUGAAGAUACUGAGCAAUAAUAAUGCAACUGUCCGAGACUAUCAGCCAUCCAUUUCCAUCCUGCGCCACGUCGAUCUGGUCUGAGAGGAAACAGUGUGUUUGUACAAUAUCCUCUUUGUCUUAUGUGGACAUUUGUAACCUUGUUCCAUAUAACUGAAUAUUUGAUUGUGACAAUGCAAAUCCCUUUUGACAGCAGCAGGUGUGAAAUCUAUAUUCUGUAAAUAUUUGUAGAGAAAUAAAUGACAGAGCCUAUUGUAAAUACUACACUAACUGGAGCCAAGCCCUGAUGUGUAUUACUGUAUUGUGAUACAUCAUGAUAAAUCUAAAUAUAUAUAUAUAUAUGAAUAUAUGCAGUAUAUCUAUAUAUUACAUACAGCUACCCAGUCAUAUUAUUGUGUGAUGAGAAAAUUUAAAUUGGUAUAUAGCUUUCGUGAUGGCGCAAAAUGUAAACACAGACUAUAAGAACUAUAUAUUGUACCUGCCCUAUUCAUAAAUGAAUGUUUUGUAACAUGCUGCUUGAGUGUGGAUUAGGAUGUCGUACCCUACUUCAAAAGUCAGCAAAAAGAUGCCAAAAAUAUGCAUCCGGUGUGCAUAUUUCCAGUACUGUUAAUAUUGUGUAUGUGGGGUCAGAACAAAAACACUAGAGAGUGCUCUGUGCCCGUCGUGCCACGUACAGUUGCCUUGGUAACAUAAACCACUUUAUCCUAACCACUGGUUUUUCUUACUGUGAAAACCCCUCGCUCUGAGGUCUCUAAUACAAGAGAGUAGGGCAGGACGUUUAGUCAUUUCAGUCAUGCCAAAUAAAAAAGGCCCUUACUGUAAAUCCACAAUAACAAUAAUAAUCAUAAGCCUCUGCAGAAUCUGAGCUCAGUGUCGCGUCUAAGAUGGCAAAAUAGCAGAUCAUUUUGUUUUGCUCUCUUUUGUUAUGAUAAGAAAUACAGGCUGAAUGGAUACUGUGAGAUGUUAUUUUUCUAUGAAAUUAUCUUUUUUGAAAUACUCAGGUUUUCUGCUCUAGAUAAGCCAUUAGGAAGAAAAGCUACAAAGUGACUUCACACCAUUUUUCAUAUUAUUUAAAUGUUAAAAUCAAUGUUGUGUUGAUUCUUUAUGGCAGCAUUUGGAGACGCAGACUGUUACGGAUGUUUGUUACCAGCCCAUAAUAUAUACUGUAAGUGAAGUCCUUCAAACCACAGAACUGAAAUGAAUUGCUCGGUGUUGUCCCUGCCCAUGUGUUUGCAUUGCUGUUCUGCCCAGAUAUGGCAGCACAGUGACCAAACCAACCUACUGUACUCCCCAACCAAUGACCAUACAGAGUAGCUUGGUAUAGCCUAUAUGUAAGACUUAUUUUAUAACGUUUGCUAUAAUGUUCUUUUUUUAGACAUUUAAUUUCCUAAAGGGGAUUAUAUGGCCGGACUGUAAACACAUUCUAAUAAAACUGCAAAUAAACUGCUGAACCAAUUUC